CUUAAUUGAAUUCAACCGUGUCUCCUCGUUGCCCAUUACUGUCUCACUUUUGCGCGUGAUAAAGUACAGUGCGAAUCUUCGGGACAAAGAGUCUGUUACCUUUCUUCUUAAUCCCGCACAUUACGCACGCUUCUCGUACCACAACACCAUGUCUGAGGGUACUGCAGAAUUCAUAGUUGCUGGAAUAUCGGAGCCUUGCCAGACAUGGUACAAAAUCUUUGGCGAUUUAAACGCAACUGCCAUACCACUGAUCAUCCUCCACGGUGGACCUGGUGCUUGUCACGACUAUCUACUCCCAUUGACAGACCUCGCGGCAUCCAGGCCCAUCGUUUUCUACGACCAGAUUGGGAACGGGCGGUCCACGCAUCUACCGGAUAAAGCCGGUGACGAGGCUUUCUGGUCUAUCGAUCUCUUCAAGAACGAGUUGAAUAAUCUUCUCUCUCAUCUCGAUCUUCGAGAGCGCCAGGUAGAUGUGUAUGGGCACUCGUGGGGUGGUAUGCUUGCAGUUGAGUGGGCAGCAACCUCCAAUGCAUCCCACCUACGACGACUGGUCCUUUCAAACAGUCUAGCUAGCAUGGAUGCUUGGCAAGAUGGCAUCUCUGCACUGCGAGAAAAACUUCCGCAAGACGUGCAGAAAGUCCUGGACCACGCAGAGGAAACAGGAAUUUUCGAUACGCCUGAGUACGCAGCUGCUAUCGACGUAUUCUAUAAGCGUCACCUUAGUCUAAGUAGGCCCUGGCCAGCUAAGGAAGUCCAAGCAGCACUCGACUGGUUUGAGAAAGAUCCAACUACGUAUGGUACUAUGUAUGGUCCAAGUGAACUCUAUGUUUCCGGAUCACUCCGUGAUUGGACGAGUAUUCCAUUGUUGGAGAAAAUCAAGGUCCCAACUCUUCUCAUCAACGGGGUGGAGGAUGAAGCUCAAGAUGUUGCGAUGCAACCCUUUUUUGAUCUCAUUCAGAAGGUCAAAUGGGUUACACUGGAUCACGCUGCGCAUCUAUCUCAUGUUGAUCGGCGGGAGAAGUAUAUGAAACUGUUGGAUUCAUUCCUCGGCAGUUAG